UUUACAUUAAAGAAUAUCCAUCCGUAAAAGAGGAAACCUACCUAACUCGGUUCCCCUCCUACCACACCACUACCAGCAGCCGCAAUCAAAAUUCAAAACCCAACUCGGUUCCCCUCCUACCGGCAACAGCAAGAAGCCAGCUCGUGACUUCCUCCAUCCUCCCAGCCCGUCGGUCAGCCUUUUGCCGUUAGCUUCCGGCCAUCUGCCAGGUCACUUUAUACGAAUUCCUUCCUUCACCUUCGGUACUGCAUUCCUUCGUUAUGUAAUUACGAAUUACUAAUUAGGUCAGAGCUAGAUUUCAAAUACCUCAAGCGAGUCAGAGAAAGAUUUCAAGAUAACUAGCUCUCUUCACACGCAUUAUUAUACUUGUGAUGUUACUUACAGACAAUAACAUGGCACUUAGUGAACCAAAGGGUGCGAUUAAGACAAUUGACGGCAAUGUCCAGCUUUUCAAAGCCGACUUAUCCGAUAAUGUUGGUCAAGUCAACACCCCUGUAAGUGUUCGAAGCGCUCCAAUAGCGGAUCGGGAUACUUUUGAACUUGAAGAAUCGUAUUUCCAGAGAGCACGGAAUGCGGGUAAGGGAGUAUUGCUCGCUCUUCGGCACUUUGACAAGGACGAUCGGCGGUUGUUUGUAUAUGAAGAUUACGAUGUCGACUUGGAGGAGUUUUCUGAAGAAUUCGCUAAACCGCUCCUGGCUGCAGAUGGAUGUUUGCCCCCUCAGUUUCUUCUAGCAUUACGGAAAACAUUGCAUCUCCUACACAUACUCCACUGGGAGCGGAAAGUUGCGCAUGAUAAUCUAACCGGCCCUAAGAGGAAGGAUGUCAACAUCGUGAUUGUCAAGAACCAGAAGAAACCAGGUGAUUUCAUUGUCAAGUUGAGAUGUUUCGCGAAAAAACAAGAGAAAGAAAAAGAAGGGAUCAUAAGUGAUCGCCAGGAGUUAGGUUUCAUCCUUGAGCGUCUGAUUGAGUUCCCACAUCCACAUGGUCGCCCUCUUUGGCUUGGCUCAAUCUUGAAAUCAUUAAGGUGUGAAGGUUCUAUCCGGAAUUUGUACAAUUCUCUCUGCUUUUUAAGCGCGACAGAGAGAUUUGAGUAUCUUGUGAAAGCUGAUCGGGCGGUUGAAAAUGGAGGUCUCCGUCCGAAACUUAGUAAAGCAUUUUCCAAAGAUCAGGGAGCACUGUCUUGGAUGCAUAAGGUGCGAGCGGACGUCUUCUUGCAGAGAGUGUUGGACCACCACAAGAUAAGGAAUACGGCCGGCCUUUCUAAUGCUUCAGCAUUCCUACACUACUGUAAGAAUGUCGCUUUACAUUACCUGGAGUUAGAUGCUAAUGAUCAAGUGGUUCAAUCAUAUGAUGAAGACAUAUAUAAGAAAUUGGCAUUGACCUGGCCCAAGUUCUUUGAUUUGUUACACGAGGUAUUAUGUCAAGAAGACGUCUUCAUCUUCGAGUAGCAAAAGUUAGUACAACGAAUUCAACUUAUUUUGAUAACGGUUAUGUAGAUCUAGUAUGUUAUGAAGUAAUGUAAAUGUUGAUUUAUCAAUUUUCAGGGUAGAAGAAAAUCGGGGUUGACAUUUCUACUUGACUGAGUGGAUAUCGAUACAACUACACAAACUUUGAUGUCAACAUUUCUGCUUGUUUAACUGCCGUCGACUUGUUUAAACAGUGCUUUAUGUAUUUUCGCAAUGCCUUGGACCUCUUCUGCGGAUGUCUCCAUACUGAGAAUGAGAAACUUUCGAGUUGCAGAUGGGGAUCUUAUUUUGCUUUCUAAGUUGCAGAGGGUUGGAAACACGGUAGUUAUUCAAUAUACCAUGACCACCACUUACCUCUCUUGACAGGGCGAGCAACUUCCUCUACCCCUAAUUGCUGAGUCUAGUCUAGUCUGAUUAUCAAUAUGAUGAGACAGAUACCAAGAAUUCCUAUCGAUGCCCUCCAGCUUCUCCACCCUUCCAUAGAUAAGCUGAUGAGGGCCAUGACAUUGCCAAUGUUCCCUAUCGAAGACGAUAGCUGGGGUUAGGUAGCAUUGAGGCUGCAUGAUAGAUAUUAUGUUCAUCCAAGGGUACCCACUUACCCGCAGCCAUCCCCAACUGUCGAUAACUGAUCAUCUCAUUUAGUUGGGUUAAUAGACUUAACCUCCCUCGUAACAAUCAUAUCCAUCUAUCCAAUGAUUUGACGACAUCUAUCUAUACUAACUAUGUGCCGCUUUGUCUUGGUACUACAUCUCCUGCAAACUUUGCAGCUUGGUACUCAUAAUGGUGCGCUAAAACAUUUCAUAGUCACUGAAAUGUCUUGGGGAGUUUGGUGUAUACACAUUUGGGGCUGCUGUGAAGCAGAGGUCACAUAGAAUCAAGCCUCUUCCAGAGGUACGAAGCUCUUCUAAUGACUGGAUCAGCUGAUAAUCCUUUGGCAUAAGCACUGAUCGCAUUCAGAAGGCUAGUAAAUUUCUUCCCGUUGUCCUGUAUGUACACUGAUUCAAGUCAACCCCAAAGGCCAAAACAGAUUUCAUUAGCAGCACGAUGCCUCAUGAUUCCUAAGAUCUGGACUGGGCAUGCAUGAGGAAAUAUCAUAGAAAAGAAACUCAAAGCAAUUGUGCAGACCUCUGGUCUCCUAAACUCCAGGUCUUCGUUGAACAUGUAGUCUGGAAGAUCACAUCGUAGAAUGGCUGCCACCACCAACAAACAUGUGUACACAUUGUAAUAAGGAAGAGAAGCAGUAGGAGAGGAGGCAAGGCUGUCUUGUAUUUUACCAAUUCCUUGCUUAGUACAGCAUGAUCAGCAUGUGUUAUCAGGUCCUAUGAAAUAGAUGCAAAAAUACCAAUUAAAAUCUAAACUAAAAG